AUGAUGGCAUUAGAGAAGGAUCACAGCGAGGAUUGUCUUUAUAUGGAUAUUGCAACUCCUGCUUGGGAGUCUGAUAAUGGUCACCUUUAUCCAGUUCUAGUUUUUAUUCAUGGAGGUGGCUACCAAACUGGUACAACUAGAGAAAUUCCACAAGAAGCGAUGGCCAAAAAAUAUGCCAAAAAUAAUAUUGUUUUUGUUGCUUUCCAAUAUAGAAUUGGACAAUUAGGCACAAAAAUAUUUUUUUUAAUUUUUAAAAGGAAUUUCCCUAAAGGUUUUGCUUCAACGGGAGAUGAGAAUUUUGCAGGGAAUUAUGGAUUAUGGGACCAAUUGAGAGCUUUACAGUUUGUGCGAGAUAAUAUUGAGAGAUUCGGAGGAGAUCCCCAAAGAAUAACUAUUUCUGGAUUUAGUGCUGGCGCAGCAAGUGUCAGUGGUUUAAGUAUUUCCCCUCUAUCAAAUAAUCUUUUCCAACAAACUAUACAAAUGAGCGGCACAUUCUUUUCUGAAUGGUCAGUAUCUAAUCGGGUGGUUUUUGAAACUGAAAAAAUGGCUAAAUUUGCUGGUUGUGAUGAUACUUUGGAUGAUUCUAAAGAAUUAAAAAAGUGUUUGAGAGGUAAAACUGUGGAGGAAUUAAUGGAUGCUGUAGAGAGAAUGGGUUCAGCUAGGAUGGAGCCCAAUUCGCUUCUUUUUACCCCCCGAAUAGAUGCAGAUUUCUUCCCAAAUGAUGUUACAACUUUGCUUCAAAAUGCGCCUACAAAAAGAAACUUUAUCGGCGUUGCAGAUACUGAAGCCCUUACAUUUAUACUAUUGUUAGACAAAGAAAAUUCUAUGGAUGGUGGAAUGUCUGUGAAACCUGAAGAAAUUGAAAAUUAUAAUAGAAAAAAAUUUGAAAAUUUUGUUAGAAAUAUAAUUGCCCCGAAGAAUGCGUUUGUUAAUGAAAAUGAAGGCAGGGAAGUGCAACAAAAAAUAAUUGACUUUUAUUUAUCUGAUAAUGGUAAAAUUGAUGGAAAAAAUAGGAAAGAAGAGGCUUUGUAUUUCUUGAAGAAAUACUUAGAUUUAAAUACAGAUCUUAUGUUUAUUGUACCUAUGUUACAAGAAGUCCAUUACAAAUUUGAAAAAGGGUGGUCUGUUUUCAUGUAUAUGAUUGAUUAUUAUAAUAAGAAAUAUUAUCCAAAAAAUAUCCCUAUUAAAGGAAGCUACCAUUGUGUAGAGCUUCCUGCUUUAUUUAAUAUUACUGAAUGUCCUUUUCAUAUCGAGGAAUUCUCUGAAGAGGAUUUGGAAUUUGAAAAAGUGUUACUCAAUUCUGUCGUUAAUUUUGUUACUACUGGCAAUCCAAGCAUAUCAACACUUAAAUGGCACAAUUUAAACACCAAAAAUCCUUUACAAUUUGCCCGGUUAAAUCCAACUAACCCAAAGAUGGAAUCAGCAUUGUAUCCCGAAAAAUUAAAAUUUUGGCAAAAAUUGACAGAAAAUUAUUCUUUUGAUGUUAUUAGAGGAAUAAAUAAAGAAACCUUAAAAUCUAAAGAUGAAUUAUAGAAAAAAAUUUAAUUAAAAUUUUUUAUUUAUUUUUAUAUAUUAUAAUAAAUUUAAUUUUUACAAAUAUAAAUAUUAAUUUUAUAAUGUUUACAGUACAUAUAUGCUCGAAUAAAUACUCACAAAUAAUUGCCCCCUCUCGACUAAUUAGCCCUUUCAAUGUGACAAUGGAACAAUAAUCACUCUCCCACAAAUGCC